AUGCCCCGAGUUCGCGUUAGUUCAAGCCAAAAUUGCCAUGAGAAGGAAGGUCGGCUCCUACUGGCUGUACAGGCUAUUAAAAAAAAGGAGAUUACAUCAAUACGCGAGGCAGCACGUCGCUUCAAUGUGCCUGAAUCUACACUACGUACGCGACUACGCGGGACUACAAAUCGCGCCGAAUCUCGCGCAAAUGGCCAUAAAUUGACUGAGAUUGAAGAGGAAGUGCUUAAGCAGUGGAUUCUCUCUUUAGAUCUACGCGGAGCAGCUCCUACAAAAGCUCAUGUACGAGAAAUGGCUAAUAUUCUGCUUGCAAAGCGUGGUUCCACCCCAAUCCAGACUGUCGGCCAGAAAUGGGUAUAUAAUUAUACUCAACGCCACCCGGAGCUUGAGUCUCGCUUGUCAAGGCAAUACGACUGCCAGCGAGCAAAGCAAGAGAACCCAAAGGUUAUUCAAGCAUGGUUUAACACCGUACGAGCCACAAUCGAACAAUACGGGAUCCUACCGGACGAUAUCUACAACUUUGAUGAGACUGGCUUUGCAAUGGGCCUUUGUGCACAUCAGAAACCAGGAAACCGUGAAUGGGUUACUGCAAUUGAGUCAAUCAGUGCUUCUGGAUGGGCACUUCCACCAACACUUAUCUUUAAGGGCAAGCAGUAUAACCAAGCAUGGUUUACAGGCCUUCCGCCCGACUGGCGAUUUGAAAUUAGUACAAAUGGAUGGACAACUAAUGAAAUUAGCCUUCGCUGGCUUCAGAAGCAAUUUAUCCCGUCAACAGAGCAUCGUACGCGCGGAAGAUAUCAACUUCUAGUUCUUGAUGGCCAUGGAAGCCAUCUUACACCAGAGUUUGAUCAAAUCUGUACAGAUCAUAAUAUUAUACCACUCUGCAUGCCGGCACAUUCCUCCCAUCUUCUACAACCACUUGAUAUUGGAUGUUUUGCAGUUUUGAAGCGCUCGUACGCCAGCUUGGUUGAUCAGAAAAUGCGGCUUGGCAUCAGCCAUAUUGACAAACUUGAUUUCCUUGCAGCCUAUCCACAAGCUCGAAUCAGCACAUUUAAGCUGGAUACAAUCAGAAACAGUUUUCGAGCAGCAGGACUAGUGCCAUUGAAUCCUGAACCAGUGCUUUCAAAGCUUAGUAUUCAGGCUCGUACGCCUACACCCCCUGGAAGCCGUGGCAGCCAGGCAAGCACUUUUUGCCCACAUACACCAGCAAAUGUUGAUGAGCUUCUAAAGCAAGCUUCUUUACUCAGAGAUUUUCUCAAACAGCGCUCAAAAAGUCCACCAUCACCGUCCCAUAAUGCCCUAAACCAGCUAAUUAAAGGCUGUCAAAUUGCAAUGCAAAAGGGCAUACUAUUGGAGCAAGAGAAUAGGGCGCUACGUGCUGAAAAUGCUAUACAAAGGCGAAAGCGAGCUCGUACGCAUAGAUGGAUAGCUCAUGAUAAUGGUCUGUCUGUACAAGAGGCUACAGAGCUCGAGGAAGCUCAUAAUGCGUCUUUUCAGGCAAUACCUGGUCCAUGCGGGCCACCAGCAGAAGGUGCACAAACACCAAAGGCACGGGCAUUACCUACAUGUAGUACCUGCCAUAGAAUUGGGCAUAGAAGAAAUGCGCUUGUCCAAAUAAAUAAUAAUUAA